AGGCCAGCGAGCAGUUACCGAUUCGAUUUCGAGCAGCGCGUUCCAAAACGCGGAAGCCGAAAUGUAUUUUCAAUUUCUUUGUGAAACAGUUUUAGACAGAUAGUGACGGUAUUACGUGUAAUGUGAGUUAUUAUUUUCAGACACAAAAAUAAUAUCCAAGUACAACGUGUGAAGCUUUGAAGAUAAGUUACUGACUUCUGAACUUUAAACGUCGACUAUUAUUAUGGCCGAAUUAAAAGCGUGUAAAGUGUGUAACAUUAGCCGAGAGAAGCAUUAUGGACUGGCGGUGAGCUCUCUGGAUCAGCUCAGAAUAAAAGGUGGUGAGGCUCUUGGGUUCAGUCCCAGUGCAUCAGUCUCAGUGGUGCUAGAAGAUGAUGGGACUAUUGUGGAAGAUGAGGCUUACUUCAUGUGUCUGCCAGCAAAUACAAAAUUCAUGCUGUUGCAUGCCAACGAAAUAUGGAUGCAUUCUCAUCAAGGGACAGCACAGCCUUGCAGAAAUUGCACUGUUCUGGAGGUAGAUGGGAAAGACACAGUUGAUGGGUUUGAAUCUUGGCGCAGUUUGGCAGAACAGCUCAGACAGGACCUGGCCAGUAUUAUCCUCAUGUCCGAGGCAGAUCUACAGAGUUUGAUUGAUGUGCCGUGCUCAGAUCUGGCUGCAGCGUUGGACUUCUCACAGCAGAAAACCCAGGUCCUACAGGACACGCUGCAGACAAUGCUGGACCGCAGGGAAGAAGAGAGACAGUCCAAAGAGUUACUGAGGCUCUAUUUAAAAGCCAUGGAGCGAGAAGGCACAUGGGACCCACAAGAAGAAAGCGCUAGACUGGAUGAGACAGAUGGGGUGCAGGUGGAGGCCGCAGCAGGGUUCAGGUCCACAACGCUAAUGCUCCUGAAGGACAAAAAAUACCCAGAGACCAGACUGUCCAAUGAAGAGCUACAGAUGGUGGCGGAGCAUGGAGUGAAGGUCAUGAUGGAGGUGUUGGGCUGGGACGGUGAAAGGACAUCAGCACUGGUCCAGGCAUGUGAAAGUGAGCUCAGUAAACGCCUGCAGCGAGUUCAAGCCCUGCAAUCCCUCAGUGCUCAAAAUCAGUCCGCUUCACAACCACACACUGAGAAAGAGACCCGAGCCAAACGCAAAAAACACACACACUGACAACCCUCUGUAUUUUUGGACUGCUUCAUUACAUUCCAUAUUUAAAAAAAAUUAAUGCAAACAGUGUUUUUCCGAUUUUUGGAUAGUAAUUGUUUUGAUAAUAGUAUAGCGUAUAAAAAUGUCAAUGCAUAAUACAAGUGGUUAUGUUUGUAAACAAGGAAAACAUACAGACUGGUGCUCAUUUUGAUUUAGAUUUUUUAUCUGUUGCCUGUAAAGUCGAGCUUUCAUUCGGGACAUCUUAUACUAUUUCAUUUAAAAGUGAAUUAGUGAUAGAAAAAAAUUAACAAAAGUAAGUUGAUGUUUUAGGGAAAAUGUAAUGUUAUAAUUACAGUACUUCAGAAAGGAGGUAAAUGGUUCAUUAUUGCUUGUACCAGAUAUCUGUAGUAUAUGCUGGCAGAUAUGAAUUUUAAUACCUAUUAGAAGCAUUUAAUGAUAUUCCUUAAAAAAGCGAUGUAUUACCAUUGUAUCACAAGGUUCACUAAAUGUGUCAAAUUGGAAAUGUUAGCAAUCUAGCCCGUGGGCUGCACAAUUAUUUUAUUUAUUUUUUUCUGUGAAACUUUUUGCAGCACUUGUUGAAACUUCAAAUGAUACAAAAUAAUAUUUUUAGACUAAAAAGAUUGACAUUUAAUUUUAGGCAUUAAUAUAAAUUGAGUUACAUAAUUGAAAAAAAAUAUUUCAGCUUGUCAGGGAGUAUUGAGUAUGGUUAUGUAUGUAGAUCAAAUUUCAAUAUGUUAAUAAACUAAUGAAGAGGCCUGUUGGUCGGUUCCUUUUCACCAUGAUUGUCUUGUUAAAACCAUCUAUUUCUGUGCAGAUGUAGUUCUACCUUAUGUUGUAAUGAGCAUGUGUAUGCUUUGAUUGGUGUUGGGUGGGUUUGUGAAGCCAGUCUUAGUGCUGUUUUGUGGCUGUGAUGUACUAUUGAUUUGAAUUUUUGAAUUGUGACCAUUGUUAGACUAUAUGCUAAUGAUCAGAAUAUCACUUCAACAGGAUGUAAAGAUGUUCCUGGGGAAUUCAUUAGACUGGUAUUACAUAUGCAGUCCCCAACUAAAUGUUCUAGUAAUAGGCUUCCUGUCUUGAAAUCCUUAACAGAUGAUUUUACUAAUUUUUUUUCCUCAGUAUUAAAACAGUCAUGUCUUUAUUCUGA